AUGCGGCUCUCCCAAGCGGUCGCAUCUGAAGAUGAGAGUGACCGGACAAGCGACCUACCACCUAUCUUCUCAGGCGAGGAUGACGCCUCCGGCACAUCAUCGGCCAGCGAGUCUGAGCCCGACAGCGGCGAUGCCCUAUCUGACGAUGAUCCCUCUGAUGAUGACUCGAUCUUGGAUGAUGAGGAGUGGCAGGAACUCCCCGCUGAACACUAUCUCCAGGAGGCUGAAUGCCUCGACGUCUCGCGGCUCCGACAGAAACGCUAUAGCCCAAGAACCCAGGAGAAGUUGGACGAGACUCGGGAAUACUGGAAUCAAUUCUGCCGCGGUGGAAAGUAUGACCCUAUCGAACGUUUUCACUGGCUGUCCGAUUCGGAGGAGACAGUUCGUUUCCUCAAGGCCCUCUUCUCCUGGCGAUGUGAUCGGCGACGGGGGAAAAACGGCCGCCGGACUGCGGGUAUGAAGUACAAGAGUUCUCUAGAGACAUUUUGGAAGUGGUGGCAUCUGGUAUACAAGGCAGAGGUUGGACAUGGACUCAGCAAGGACACUAUUGUCAAAGUAUUGGAUGUGCUAGCAAUUGUCGCUAAAGAGAAGAAACUUAAGCUUGGCCGCCGACCGAAAGCUACAAUGUAUAUCGAAGACGUGGCGGAGUUUGCUCGCGUGUUGCUAUCAACGACCGAGAUGACAUUCCUGUGCGGGUGGCUCCGGAUCCAGCUGCUCCUCUUCUGUCAACUAGCUGCGAUCACCGGUAGUCGCCCUGGGGCGCUCCUAAAUCUGCGCUAUCGAGAUCUCAUCUUGACUUUGGUCCGUAAUCCCGAAGGAGGACGGCCUCGACUCUUUAUUUACCUAACUCCGGAAUUUACCAAAACCUUUCUAGGGGAAAAGGAACAGAACACGUUCCCCAUUCCAGAGAUCAUCUUCGACCCGAGCUUGGUCCUCAGUCCCCACGUAUUCCUUUUGGGGAUGCUGUUCCGCCUUCAAGCGUUCAAAAGAUUUUCCACCGACGGAAUGGUGGUGGACUGCCCCGAAAAUUUAUAUAAUCUCGGCGUUCUGGAUGGGCUAGGGCAGCAGGAAUUGAAACUCAAAGAGGAAAUACUGGAUCGAUUUGUGUUUUGCCAGGCGGUGCGUGAAGCUGAUGGGAUCCGGAUUGUCGUGGAGGAACAACUGACGGACGGAGCACUGCGAUAUCGGAUGAAGCGCGGUGGCGAGAUCACAGGGUUUGAACAAGUUACCAAGCCCUAUGGGCUCCGGUAUGGGGCCGCGAAGGCAUUCAAUGAUAGCCCGGACGUGACAAACGAGGUCCAAAAUGUGAUGUUACAGCAUGCUAGCAUCAACACGUUUGUGAAACACUACAGUGUGGGCAUACAUGUCGACGCCCAGGCCAUUGUCCGGGGUUUACCGGCCCAAAAGCAGUUGAUGCGCUUUGCCGCUUCUAUGAGCCGGUCGAUUGACCCCCGACGACCGUACAAGCUCGACGACACCAGCUGUGUCAACGAAGUACCUCGUGUGCGUGUUUUGCAGGAGCACGUUCGCAGACGUAAACAGAUUCGGGACGAGAAGAAGCGAGCCUAUGAAACAGCGAAAGGAGAACUUCUGCAAAGAUUCGGUUCCAAUUUCCGACGGGCAGCAGACGAGCUGCCGCGCGCGGGUCGCCAGGCACAGAAACAUGUCAAGACUUGUGAGAAACAGAGCAAGAAGGCAAACCAGCGAUACCAGCGGGCACAGCGUGAGUUUCGAAAUGAGUGGCAGCGGCAGCGCAAUCGCCUGGUGCGCGAGAAUCUGGAACGAUACAAGAACGAGCAGCCAGUAAUCGACAGCGAGCGGCAACUCUCCGGAAAAUUGGUGGACGAAGAGGUAAUGUGCGCGCUGGAACGAACCGGGUAUAUGACUCCCCAGCAUAUGCUCUUGAUCGAUACGAUUCUCACCAUGCCCGGCUCUACUGUCGAGAAGGAAUAUCAGCGUCGAAUCUCCGCGAUCAAUGCGGUUAUCGCUUUCUGUGACGUGGAAGAGGGGUCGCCUACCAGACGACCAAACGUUUCCCAGAAACGGCGUGCUGACAAUACACCGCCAUCUACGCCCCCUCCAAAGCGACAAGAACCGUGUGCGGUGGUUGAGCACGAAACAGAGCUUCAAUCAGCGAUUUCGUCAGUCUGCGUCAAAUCUCCGGAUGAAAGACCAACUAUCUGCUUUCUAUGUGUUUCAAAUUCCAAGCUCCCCACAAUCGAACGAUUCAGAAAACAUACUACUCCGGGAUCUCUCAGCAGGCACUUUGUUGACAAGCACGUCAAGCGCUUCCCCAAGGACAUGCGUCUCACGUGCAAUAUCUGUAACAAAGAGCUGGAGCAUAAGAAACAUGUAAUGAAUCAUGCGCAGACAGUGCACGGAAUUGUCUCACGUCGGCCAUUGGCUGCUCUUGGCCCAAUCUAA